AUGUGCAUUCUUUACCUAAUAAUGUUGAUAUCUGCAGGUGGAAUCAUGUUGGGUUGGAAUUAUAAACUCAGUUGUGUAACUUUUGCUCUUCCUUAUUGGUAUAUGUUUCUACUGGACAAAAGUUCAUGGAACAAUCAUUCAUAUAUGUUUGGUCUUCUUGUGCUAUUGUUUUUAGCAACAGAUAGUCAUAGUUUAUGGUCUGUUGAUGCCUACAAAGGUGUAAUACCGAAUAAUAGACAUGUACCAUUAUGGAAUUAUGCAGUGUUACGUUUUCAAUUGUUCCUUCUUUAUUUUUAUGCUGGACUAAAAAAAACUGAAUUUGAUUGGAUAAAUGGAUACUCUAUGGCAAGCCUGUCUGAUCAUUGGGUAUUUUUUCCAAUGAAGGUAUUUUUAGAUAAAGACCAAAUUGAUCUAUGGAUAAUUCAUGUGUUUGGAUUUCUUAUAGACUUAACUAUGGGUUUCCUGAUAUAUUUUGACAAAACAAGGGCUCUAAGUUUUUAUAUCCUUACUAGUUUCCACUUAAUGAAUUCACAGAUGUUUCAUAUUGGGAUGUUUCCUUUUGUAUGUCUUGCAACAAUGCCAUUGUUCUGUGGUUUUAAUUGGCCAAGACAGUUUUUCUUGAUGCAGAUGAAUCGUUUUAAAUUUCUAGUAGAGAAUGAUACUGCAAAGAAUCCAAUAUGUUACUAUGAAGAAGAUGUCAAAGAUGGUCCUUAUGUUCCAAAGAAACGGCAGUGCGUCACUGUAGUUAUGCUUUACAUGCAUGCAGUAAUUCAGCUUUUCCUACCUUAUUCUCACUUUGUUACUCUGGGUUACAAUAAUUGGACUAAUGGGCUUUAUGGUUACUCAUGGGAUAUGAUGGUUCAUACAUGGGACACAAGCAGGAUCGCUGUUAAGUUGGUUAACUUUGACACAAAUGAAUCAAUGUUCAUUGACCCUGAGGCUUGGGUCCAGAACAACAGGUGGCAAAGACAUGCUGACAUGAUUUAUCAAUAUUCUAAAUGUGUGAAGAAAAAUGUAAAGGCAUUAAAGAAAAUGAACAACAUGGCGCUUUAUAUUGAUAUCUGGGUAUCCCUUAAUAAAAGGUUUCAUCAAAGAAUGUUUGACCCAAGGGUUGAUAUUUUGUCAGUUAAAUGGUCACCUUUUGAACGAGUAAGUUGGGUGAUGCCUCUCCUUGAUGAAUUAACACCAAUUAGAGAUGAACUAAGGGUAAUUGAAAAGAAAAUAUUGUCAUCAUCAAACCACUCUGACGUUCUUUUUAUGGCAGAUUUUCCUGGUUUUACUUUAGAAAACUAUGUCCAUGAAGACCUCGAGAAUAUAACUCUACAACUAAUAAAAGGGAAGGUAUCAGUUUCCAUUGAAAACAAAUCAACAAUAUUGGCGGAGGGUGGGAUCAUGAAAGUACCAAGUGCAACUUUCCAUAAUGUCAGCACCAUUUCUGAAUCUCCUUCGGCAUUUAUGUAUGUAUUCUAUAAUAAGACAAAGCAUAAUUAUGAGGAUAAAAGUACUCAGACACCACUUACUGAGAUUAUUUCGGCAAAAAUAGACAACUUCAUCAAUGCUAUUGCCCUUCUGAGCCGUGCAGUACUAAGGAUACUACAUUCAACACCUAUGAUAAGAAGAAUCAAAAUUGAGGAGAGCGAUACUUUGUACGUCUAA